AUGAACCACAGCGACAUUGAAGGGGACGACUCCUUUGACAAAUCGCCUCACGUCGAGACGGACAGUGGUGUCGAGGCUACCCUGCGGCCAUUGGCGCUGGACGACGCCGCCAUGACGGCAAAACUCCUCAAGCCAAUCCCAGACUACCCAGUAUUGGGCGAAUCCGUAAACCGCUGGUCCAUCGCAAACUGGAACCACUUGAACCAGGACAAAUUGCAUGGCCCCCGCUUUACCUGCGCUGGCAUUGAGUGGAACGUACUCCUUUUCCCCCGGGGAACGCAGAACUCCGGCGUGGUACUGAUCUACUUGGAACCAGUGCCUCCCGCCGACCUGGACGACGACUGGUACGUGUGUGCCCAGUUUGCUCUUGCCCUUGCUAACCCCCGCCACCCAGAAGUAUAUUUAGCCAACCCCCUGCACCAUCGGUUCACAAAAUCAGAGACCGACUGGGGGUUUCUGCUGUUGAUUGAUCUGAGAGCUCUCACCACCCCUCAACCCCGCUAUGGUCUGGAGACGAUCCCGUUACUCGAUACCGAGGGCACCAAUGGCAUUGAUAUCAUCGCAUACGUGCGGGUGUUUGACGACACCGCCACCGGCGUGCUUUGGCAUAACUUGAUGGACUACGACUCGAAACAGGCCACCGGCUACAUCGGGCUCAACAACCAAGGCGCCACGUGCUACCUCAACUCAUUGUUACAGCUGUACUUCACCACCCUGAUCUUUCGCAAGUUGGUUUAUCAGAUCCCCACUGACGGCCAAGGUGGCGUGCCCCGUGCAUUACAGCGGAUGUUCUACAUGAUGACGACGCUGCCGCUGCCGAUAUCUACCAUGGAGCUCACCAAGCUGUUUGGUUGGGACUCGCUGGACGCAUUCAUGCAACACGACAUCCAGGAACUCAACCGGAUCUUGAUGGAUAAAUUGGAAACGGCGAUGAAGGGAUCGCUGAUCGAGGGCGAACUCAACCUGAUUUUCGUUGGCAAAAUGAAGCUGUAUAUCAAGUGUAUUAACGUCCCUUACGAGCUGCUGCGGAUUGAGGACUUUUGGGACAUUCAGCUCAACGUCGAAGGCUUACCCAACUUGGAGUCACUGUUCAAAAACUACGUCGAAAUCGAAAUGUUGGAGGGGGAAAACAAAUACCAAGCGAACGAAGAGUAUGGCUACCAGGACGCAAAGAAGGGGGUGGUGUUCGAACAGUUCCCCCCGGUGCUCCACUUACAGCUCAAACGGUUCAAAUACGACUUUGUCGUUGACGACUUGGUGAAAAUUGAUGACUUUUAUGAAUUCCCUGAUACCAUUGACUUAGCUCCCUACAUCGACGAGGAACUGCCCAACAAAAAUGAAAACUGGACGUACAAGUUGCACGGUGUCCUUGUGCAUCAAGGCCUGAUUCUGAAUGGCCACUACUACGCUAUGAUCAAGCCCAACGCUGACGGGGGCUGGCUUAAGUUCGAUGACGACAAGGUGACGAAGGCGACCACGCAUCAAGUGUUUGACGAGAACUUCGGGGCUCCGGAGCCUACCCCUCAACAAAUGGCUCGUAUGUCUCGUGCUGAACUGCAAGAAUACUACAUCAAACGGGUUACGCUGGCGUAUAUGUUGGUUUAUUACCGGGAACAAGACCUCCCCACGAUCUUACCCGCGGCUUCAGAAGUGACUAUCCCCGAGGAAAUCCCCGCUCAGAUCGACGCCGAACUCAAGGCUAGAGAGCAAGCGGAACAGUUGAGACAGGAGGAAAUGUACUACAUGCCUGUUCGCUACAUCACCCUGAACCAGAUGGCUGCCCAUACUGGGUUUGACUUAGCGUUGGACGAAACCAAUCCUAAGCUCUAUGACCAACGCCUUGCGGGUACGGCGGCUGACCCUAUCACCGUGAAGACUCGUAAAGAUGCCGAAUUGAGUCAAUGUGUCAAAACUGUCGCUGCGGAUUUGCAAAACCCUGACAACCAAUUCCGGUUGGUACCCAUGAUGCAUCGGUGUAAUCACACCAACAGAGCCGACCGUCCAUUUGAAGACGGCAUGUUGCUGUGGCUGGUGGCUAAAGUGUACAAUCACGUUUACAUCAAGAAGUACGACCACAUGGUGGUGUUUGUUGAGGAGGCAGCUAAGGAGUUGCACAACGUUGCCGAAACCGCACCGGAGGCGUGGCAAAGCCCGGAGAAGUUCUCCUGGGAGCAACCUCUCAAGCUUAUCGAAUCAGCCUCGGAUGCCGACGCCGAACUCGUGGAUAUUCAGGAAAACGGUACUCACAAGCUCAUUUUCAUCAAGUACUUUGACCCCAUUUCCCAAGAGGUUCGCGGUAUCACCCACGCCACCGUGCUUCGUGACGACACCAUCCAGCUGCUCAUUCCUGAAGUUAAUGCCAUUCUUGGGUUUGACCCCAGCACUGAACUCGUGGCCUACGAAGAACUCUCGCCGCUGAAGAUUGAACCAUUGGACGUUGAGGCCAGUUUCAGCAAGCUUGACUUAGACAAUGGCGACAUUGUCACCUUUGAGCCUGCUAAUGCUCCCACUGUCGCCACCGGUCCGUACAAACUGGCGCGAGACUACUAUACAUUCAUGUUCACGCGGAUGCACAUCAUGGUUUCUCCGUGGAACGGCGAUGAAGACUCUGACGUGGAGCCAUUUGACCUUUGGAUUCUGACCCUCGACACCUACGCUCAAGUGGCGGCCCAGGUGGCUGCCCAGCUCGAAGCCCAGGGCGAAAAAGUCGAUCCGAAGUACCUUCGCCUUUACGUACGCCUUCCUCUGGCUCAAGGCCUGCAAGUGUACACGUUGAGAAGUCUGCACGUGUUGUCGCAAGUGUUCAGUCGCCAGAUGCCUGUGAACCUGACCCUCGCCUUUGAAUAUGAGGUGCUUCCAGUCCCGCUCGUUGACUAUGAAAACUUGCGUCGCCUCGAAGUGGUGUGGGUGCUGAACUUCCUGCACUCUCAACCCCUCGAGGUGUUGGCACUGAGACUGGCUACUGUGGGGGAGAUUGUCAAUGAAAAAGUCAUCCCUCAGCUUAACAAUGGCGAACCCGUUGAUAUUUCCAACCUCUUGGUAUGGGUUGGAAAUGACAACCGCUUUAGCGAAUUUUUGAAGCCCCUGAGCUCGCUUGAGCUGAUCCAGGAAGGGGCUGACACCAUCUACAUGGGGAUUUUCCCAGUGGAAGUGUACUGCUUAGCCGCAAACGACAUGUACAAGCGGUUUGCGCCCACGGAUUCCGAGUUGGUGAAGCCUACGGAAGCACUGGGCGACGGCGAGGUCGACGCGGUGAACGCCGAAUUGGAGGUAGCGGAAAAGCAUAUCAAUCAAGUCAACAUUUUGCCGCUUUACCAUUUCCAAAAGUCGUUGAACUACCGUCAUGGCAUACCCUUCAUUUUCCCCAUCUACCCGGAUGAGACUUUUGCCGACAUUAAGGCAAGACUUCAACUGCGGUUGGGCAUGGGCCAACAAGCGUUCUCAAAGGUGAAGGUGGCUCUCACGGAGGGGACGAGAGGGCUGUACUUGGAGGACGACGACGCUGUGGUAUACGACCAACUCAAGAAAAUCGCCGAGACCCAUGACGCCCUGAUUGCGCUAGACCACCCCGACCGGCUGACGCGUAAGCCCAAUGUGUUUGACCGCGGUAUUACCAUAAAGUAA